CUGUCAUUCCACCUCUGCACUCACCUCUGCUCCCUGAUCAUGCCCAUCCCACUCGCACUCAUCGCCUCUGGCUCAACCGUCAUCGUCGAAUCGCACGAGGCAGGCUCCGAGCGCUUCCUCGCUGCUGCCUCCAAGAUCCUGGACCGCAUCCCACCCAACUCCAGUCGUCUUUCGUAUGCAUUCGAGGAGUGGCUCUUCCACUACGUCAGCGAAGAGGGGUUCGUCUACCUAUGUGUUGCCGAUGGAGAAGGAGGGAGGAGGCUGCCGUUUGCCUUCCUGAGCGAGGUGCAGAAGCAGUUCCUUGCCCAAUCUUCUCAAGCUCAACUGCAGGAUCCGACCGUGGCAGACUUCUCUUCCUUCCACGCCGUACUGAAUGCUCUGCGUCAACGAUUCUCCAAUGCGCCUCAAUCAGACCCGGUCAAGGCGGCACAGGCAGAGUUGGGAGCAGUCAAGGACAUCAUGACACAAAAUGUAGAGCAGAUCUUGUCGAGGGGAGAGAGGAUCGAGUUACUUAUGGAUAGGACGGGAGAAGCGGCAAAUCAGAGUCUGGCCUUUAGGAGGAGGGCAAAGGACCUGAGGAGGAGCAUGUGGUGGAAGAAUACCAAGGUGACGGCAAUGGCAGCCUUCUGCGCCAUCGUCUUUGUUCUGCUCAUGUACUCCUACUUUAGCUGAAAGCGCCCUCGUUGUCGUGUCUGUCCCCUUGCGCUAUACAUAUGUUCAUACCCGUGCUCAUCGACUAGAAUGUGUCGCGCCCUGAAGCCCGCCAACUUUGGUCAUACAAGCCACCACAUGAAGAGCGCAGAUCUCUUGGCAGCGCUCGACCACAGAUCGCAUUAGCGAGAAC